GAUCCCGGACUAGCAGCGUUUGGGAGGGUGGGGGGCAGCGGUGUGGAUGUCCCCGCUGGCGGAGCUUCCCGCAAUCCUCCUCUGCUCACCCGCCCGCCGCCGGUGCUGGCUGUCCCUGGCUGCUGCUAAACCUCGCUCAGGAGCCCCGAGCUGGCACUGGAGGGAGGGGGAGGCAAAUCACACCCACAAAGGCAGCAGCACAGAGCUUCCCCCCCGCUUCUCCUUAAGGGCAGCUCAGACAUGGGGCCGAUCGCUUGCAGCGCUUUGCUAGCCACCCUGCUGCCCUUUGUUACCCGCGGAUUUGCUGACACAGCCAGCUCAAGAGGUCACAGGCAGCUGAUGAGUGUGAGCCAGCCUGGGGUUUGUCGCUACGGUUCUAAGCUCGAGUGCUGCUAUGGCUGGAGAAAGAACAAAGGGCAUUGCGAAGCCACCUGUGAACAUGGGUGCAAGUAUGGCGAGUGCGUGGGGCCAAACAAAUGCAAAUGUUUUCCUGGAUUUACAGGGAAAACCUGCAGUCAAGAUACAAAUGAAUGUGGAUUGAAACCACGUCCCUGUGAGCAUAGAUGUAUGAACACCCAUGGCAGCUACAAGUGCUAUUGUCUCAAUGGCUACAUGCUCAUGCCAGAUGGCACGUGUGCAAAUUCCAGGACAUGUGCUAUGGUGAACUGCCAGUAUGGGUGCGAAGAAGUCAAAGAGGAAGUGCGGUGUUUGUGUCCAUCAACUGGACUUCAGUUGGGACCAAAUGGAAGGACGUGUAUAGGCCAAUGGGGGCCGCGGGAAGCAGUGCGGGCCAAGGGAACGGCAAACCAUGGCCAGUGGGAGCUGCGAUCGGCCGAACCUGUGGACACUGCAGAUAUUGACGAGUGCUCCACUGGCAAAGCUAUUUGCUCUUAUAACCGCAGAUGUGUCAACACAUUUGGAAGCUACUAUUGCAAGUGUCAGAUUGGUUAUGAACUGAAAUAUGUCAGAGGCCAUUAUGACUGUGUAGAUAUAAAUGAAUGUGCUGCAAGUAUACACAAGUGUAACGUCCAUGCAGGGUGCCUCAAUACUCAGGGAUCCUUCAAGUGCAAAUGUAAACAGGGCUACAGAGGUAGUGGAUUUGAAUGUUCUGUUAUCCCUGAAAAUUUGGUGAAGGAAGUCACAAGAAUCCCUGGAGCCAUCAAGGACACAAUCAAGAAACUUCUUGCACACAAGAGCAGUGUGAAAAAACAUGAAGAGAUCAAGAAUGUGAUCCCAGAACCAGCCAUGACACCAGCUUCUAAGGUUCACUUGCCAUCCUUUGACUAUGAAGAUGGUGUUUACAUUGGAGGGACAUAUGAUGUAGAGGAGAAAGAGACUGAAGAUGCUGUAGAGGAGGAACAGGAGGAAGAACAAGAGGACCUUGAGAACCAGAUUGGUCAUGAACAAAGCCUUAGAGGAGAUGUCUUUAUUCCUAAGGUUAAAGAAGCAGCUGCCUUUGGUUCUGUCCUGGCACAGAGAAAAGUUCCAGUAUCAAAACCAGAGCAGGAAGUUGAUUGCAGCUUCAGUCAAGGGAUUUGUAACUGGAAACAAGAUACUGACGAUGAUUUUGACUGGAAUCCUGCUGAUCGAGAUAAUGGUGAUGGAUAUUAUAUGGCAGUUCCAGCCUUUGUGGGGCACAAAAAGAACGUUGGCCGUCUGAAACUUCUUCUGACUGACCUCAAGCCGAAGAGGAGCUACUGUUUGAUUUUCAGUUAUCGCCUUGCUGGAGACAGGGUGGGGAAACUCAGAGUAUUCCUGGGCAGCCACAUAAGUGCUCCUGCCUGGGAGCAGAGCAGAGGAAAAGAUGAAAGGUGGAGGACUGGAAAAAUAGAAAUGCUUCAGGGAGCAGAGACUACUAAGAAUAUCAUUUUUGAAUCAGAACGUGGGAAGGGCAAAACUGGAGAAAUUGGAGUGGACACUGUAACUUUGGUUUCAGGCUUGUGCCCUAAAGAUCACUUGGUAAUGGAUAUCUGAGCUUGUUAUUUCUAUUCCUAUAUUAAUAUUUGCCUUACUAGUACUGUAUUUUGUUACAUCAUGACAGAUGGAAAUAAAUCUGGAAAAUGUCUUGAAUUUUAAUGCAAUAAUGCAAACUGACAUGCACAAAGUGUGCAAAAUCCUUUUAAGCACACAUUUUUCUAUCAGAUAUGCUAAUACUUGCUUUGGGUCUAGCACUACUUUAUUCUAUAAUUCAAGGUAAGGGUUUAUAAUGCAUAGCGCUAUUUGUCUUGCUUUUCUACAGUAUGUAUGCUUUGUUUACAUGAAAUUCCUUUUUAAUUAUGUCCUUAUGUCUUAUAUUCCACUUUGUUCACUCCAAAGGAGCACAAAGCAGUAUUUAAGAGAACUUUAUUACCUCUAAUGACAUUUACGUGACCCGAGAACAACUUUUCUUCCCUAAGUGCCUCAAGUGUGAUUACUAACAGUGAUUAUUAACAAUAUAACAUUUUAUCUCAAACUGUAAUAUUUAUGUUUUAAGUGUUUUUAGGAGAUUCAAUUGUCCUGAUUCUUCACUGUUACCUCUUGUGCAGUCAUUUAUACCUCUGUAAAAAGGGUGUCAAACCCUAUAUAGUGGCAUGGCACCCCUUCUGGUCUGGUCUGGUCUUUGUCCACAGUUUUUUUUUAAAUAGUCCCAGCCCUGAUAUUGGGCCGUACCCCCAGGGCUUCCUCCCUGGAGGCAAUGGUUUCACCCUCUUGAUCUGUUCUGGCUCCAACUCUCCUGCUGGGCCUCUUAGCUUUUCAGAUCUCCUUCUGGGGGCUUAUUGCUGUCCAGUUGUAAGCCACUUCACCUAGUGGCCUAAGGGGGGGAUCCAGGCCCACCCACUACUCCAGUUCCCAGCCACACACCACUCGGUCCUUUUAAUUAAUUGCUUUCAGUUCCCUGGGCCACUUCCCUGCAGCCCCAGCCUUUACCGAUGCCUUAGCUCAGGGGUCUUCUAAGUUCAGACCCAGCAGCCAGCCAGGAGUUCUUCCUUGCUCCCCUGGUCCCUACCAUCAGUGAGCUGUCUGUGAUACUGCAGUUCCCUUUAGCCAGCUCGGAGCACCAUUUGAACUCCUCUGGCUACAGCAAGGAACUGCCUUUCUCUGGCACUGAAGCUCCUUUUUAUAUGGCCCUCAUUAGCUGCUCCCUGCAGCCUCUCUGAUUGGCUGCUUCCCUCUGCAGCCACUCUAGCCCACUUGGAGGACCUCUUCCACUGCUCCUUUCCUGGGAUGGGUGUGACAGGACCCUGAGGCCUCCAGCAGGGGGCCUCUGGGCCAAGUCCACCCAAUCACACUGUACUAUUCUGAUUUUUACAACCACAUUGUACUCACUUUUCACUGCUAUAAAUGACUAUACAAAGGUGCAAGGCAGUGAAGAAAUCAGGCACAAUGUAUUUUUCAAGUGAAGUAAUAUUUUUGGUGGGUUCACAGCAUAAAAAUGUGAAGUCUGUAGUUUACAUAUCUAGAAAAUCUGACAUCCAUUUUCUCCUCCAUUCACAUACUUAUUUGCCACUAAAUUGAUGGCAAUUAACAUGAGCAUGGAGGAAAGAAUAUCUGAUUUUGUUAGCCUGUGCAAAUUUCUUACAUUUUAAUAUGUAGAUCUAAAAUCUGCUCUACAGUAAGGACAGAGGGAAGCAGUCUUUUCCUUAAAUGGAUGGAAACAAGUUUCCAAGUGAAAUCAUGUAUUUUAUGUGUGUAUUCAUUGCUAAUAAAAUAUGUGAAAAGUA